GAGAACUUGUCCUGAGAGUGCUGCUUUUUGCAGCAGCGUAAGCGAAGGCUCUGCGAGGGCAGCGGGAGCUGGCAGGAGGCAGAGAUGAAGUUCCGAGGAGGGGGGUUGGGAGCCAACGGCAUCCGGCUGAGCAUGGAGAGCGCUCUGACGGCGCGGGACCGCGUCGGGGUGCAGGACUUUGUCCUGCUGGAGAACUUCACCAGCGAGGCUGCAUUCAUUGAGAACCUGAGGAAACGCUUCAAGGAGAACCUCAUCUAUACCUACAUUGGCUCUGUGCUGGUGUCUGUGAAUCCCUACAAGGAACUGGAAAUCUACACCAAGCAGAACAUGGAGCGCUACCGCGGCGUCAGCUUCUACGAAGUCUCUCCUCACCUCUACGCCAUCGCGGAUAACUCGUACCGCUCCCUGCGCACCGAGAGGAGGGACCAGUGCAUCCUCAUCUCCGGAGAGAGCGGCGCCGGCAAGACCGAGGCCACCAAGAAGAUCCUGCAGUACUACGCUGUCACCUGCCCCGCCAGCCAGCAGGUCGAGACCGUCAAGGACCGGCUGCUGCAGUCCAACCCCGUCCUGGAGGCCUUUGGAAAUGCAAAAACCCUUCGGAAUGACAACUCCAGUCGGUUUGGGAAGUACAUGGAUGUGCAGUUUGAUUACAGGGGGGCUCCUGUUGGGGGCCACAUCUUGAACUACCUCCUGGAGAAAUCCCGAGUUGUGCACCAGAACCACGGCGAGAGGAACUUCCACAUCUUCUACCAGCUGCUGGAGGGAGGGGAGGAGGACCUGCUCAGGAGGCUGGGCCUUGAGAAGAACCCACAGCAGUAUCACUAUUUAGUAAAGGGUCACUGUGCAAGGGUGAGUUCCAUAAAUGACAAAAACGAGUGGAAGAUCAUGAGGAGAGCCCUGUCUGUUAUUGGCUUCAAUGACACUGAGGUGGAGGAUUUGCUGAGCAUUGUGGCCAGUGUCCUGCACCUGGGGAAUGUCCAGUUUGCUGCUGAUGAGCAGGGGAAUGCUCAGGUCACUACAGAGAAUCAGAUUAAAUACCUGGCCAGGCUGCUGGCAGUGGAUGGCUCAGUUCUUCGGGAUGCCCUGAUCCACAAGAAGAUCAUAGCAAAAGGGGAGGAGCUGGUGAGUCCCCUGAACCUGGAGCAGGCAGCCUAUGCCCGGGAUGCCCUCGCCAAGGCCGUCUACGGCCGCACCUUCUCCUGGCUGGUCAGCAAGGUCAACAAAUCCCUGGCUUACAAGGAAGAGAAGUUUCCAGGCUGGAGAAGUACAACAGUUCUAGGAUUGCUGGACAUCUAUGGGUUUGAGGUUUUCCAGCACAACAGCUUUGAGCAGUUUUGUAUUAAUUAUUGCAAUGAAAAGCUGCAGCAGCUCUUCAUAGAGCUGACCCUGAAGUCAGAGCAGGAGGAGUACGAGUCCGAGGGCAUCGCGUGGGAACCAGUUCAGUAUUUCAAUAACAAAAUAAUUUGUGAUUUGGUGGAAGAGAAAUUCAAAGGCAUCAUUUCUAUUUUGGAUGAGGAGUGUCUGAGACCUGGGGAUGCCACAGACACGACAUUCUUGGAGAAACUGGAGGAGACUGUGAAGAACCACCCUCAUUUUCUCACGCACAAACUCGCUGACCAGAAGACGCGCAAGUCGCUGGGGCGGGAGGAGUUCCGGCUCUCGCACUAUGCUGGGGAUGUCACCUACAGUGUUGCAGGUUUUCUAGAUAAAAACAACGACCUUCUAUUCCGGAACCUGAAGGAGACCAUGUGCAACUCAGAGAACCCCAUCAUAAACCAGUGCUUUGAUAGGACAGAGCUGACAGACAAAAAGAGACCUGAAACGGCAGCAACUCAGUUCAAAAACAGCCUCUCCAAACUCAUGGAAAUCCUGAUGUCCAAAGAACCCUCCUACAUUCGCUGCAUGAAACCCAACGAUGCCAAACAGGCUGAGCGGUUUGAUGAAGUCCUGAUCCGGCACCAGGUGAAGUACCUGGGGCUGAUGGAGAAUCUCCGCGUGCGCAGGGCCGGCUUCGCCUACCGCAGGAAGUACGAGGUGUUCCUGCAGAGAACAAAGAUUUUUAUCCGUUUUCCCAAGACCUUGUUUGCCACAGAAGAUGCUCUGGAAGUGAGGAAACAGAGUCUGGCCACAAAAAUGCAGGCGACGUGGAGAGGAUUCUACCGCCGGAAGAAAUUCCUGACCAUGAAACGCUCAGCCAUCACCAUCCAGUCCUGGUGGAGGGGAACCCUGGGACGCCGAAAAGCUGCCAAGAGGAAAUGGGCAGUGGAGACAAUCAGGAGGUUCAUUAAAGGCUUCAUCUACCGGAACCACCCGCGGUGCCCAGAGAACGAGUAUUUCCUGGAUUACAUCCGAUUCUCCUUCCUCAUGAACCUCAAGAGGAACUUACCAAAAAAUGUCUUGGACAAAUCGUGGCCAACUCCUCCCCCAUCGCUCUGUGAGGCGUCGCAGCUCCUGCGCAGGCUCUGCAUGCAGAACAUGGUCUGGACCUACUGCAAGAGGAUCAGCCCCGAGUGGAAGCAGCAGUUGGAACAAAAAGUAAUUGCCAGUGAGAUAUUCAAGGGUAAAAAAGACAAUUAUCCUCAGAGUGUUCCCAGGCUCUUCAUCAACACUCGACUGGGUAGAGAAGAAAUAAAUGCUAAAGUCCUUCAAGCACUAGAAAAUGAAGCACUUAAGUAUGCAGUGCCCGUGGUCAAGUACGACAGGAAGGGCUACAAGGCGAGGGCCCGGCAGCUGCUGCUCACCCACAGCUCGGCCAUCGUGGUGGAGGAGUCCAAGAUCAAGCAGCGCAUCGACUACUGCAACCUGACAGGCAUCUCUGUCAGCAGCCUGAGUGACAACUUGUUUGUGCUGCACGUGCACUGUGAGGACAACAAGCAGAAGGGUGAUGUUGUCCUGCAGAGUGACCACGUGAUUGAGACACUGACAAAAACAGCAAUUCUGGCCAACAAAAUCAACAAUGUCAACAUCAACCAGGGCAGCAUAAAGUUCACAGUGGGACAAGGCAAAGAAGGGAUCAUCGACUUCAUCUCGGGCUCGGAGCUGCUCAUAGCCAAAGCCAAGAACGGGCAUCUGACAGUGGUGGCUCCUCGGCUGAAUUCCCGAUGAUGAACAAUUCCCUGCUCCAGGACCUUCCCUCCUCUCCACAGAAUUGGCUGAACGUUGCUCCCAGCAAUCCCCCCCUCCUCGCUUUGCUCUUUCUGUUACUACCAAAGACCUGCACUUUCAGAACAACCACAAAAUUCAUCCCUGCUCUCUCCUCUUACUCUCAAAGUCCCAGACAAAGGCCUUCUCCUCUCCUCCUUCCCUGCCUGAAGGUGGGUCCAGCACAGCAUCCCUGCAACCACAGCUCGGCACCUUCAGCUGGGCUUGGAGAAGGAGUUUAAGCCCUGAUGGAAAUGACCAAAAUUUGUGCUUGUCAUCACCAAAAAAAGCACAAUCAGAAAACAAGUAACUCUGCUGCUUUCUCAGCCAAAUCACUGAAAUGCCAAACUUUGUAUUCAGAAUGUUUUAUGAAGAAUUUUGCUCAGAGGUGUUUUAAUGCUUUGUGUUACAAAUAUAGUGAAGCCAUAUUGUGUAAAUGAGUAAAACCUGUAAAUACUUUAUAGCCAAGCACGAGAUGCACUACGAGAGAUGGAGUUGAUGUGGAAAUUUUAUGUUUUAGAUUUGGAAUUUUUGUUGGUUUUAGUUUAUGGUUAUACAAGGCAUAACCUUAAAAACCCAUGAUGUAACUUCACUGAUCAGGAGCCAGAGACUUUUAUCUUUUUUUGAAGUCAGCUGUCCCAUUUCUUGCUCUCUAUUUUUAUACCAUAGGAAUUUUUCAUAUCCACACAAACACAAUGUAAUACAAACUGCAGAGGUUACACUGCUCUGGGCUGGCCAUGGGAUGAACAUGAGCAUCCCCCACUUCCCUUCUUUCCCUGUCUGGGAGUCCCCACUGCCCCUUCCCUCACAGCUCCGCAGGCUCAGAGCACCUUCAGGAAAAAUGGCUUUUCCUCUUGCUCCAGAACUGGAACUCAGAUUCCCACAGUAUUUAUAGCAGUGCCUCAGUGCUGCUGUCCCACAGCUCCAGGGACACAGGGGUGGGUGCUGGCUGCAGCACAGGCUCCUCCUCAGCACCUUCCUUCAGUGCAAACAGCUGAGGGUGCAGGGCUGCAUGGGGAGCUGCUGCUGCCCCCAUGGCACAGCCCCACAGCCCAGCCCCCCCUGCCUUACACACCCUUCCCUCUGUGCUGCUGCAGCCACAGCCAGCCCCGAGUGCCUCCCAGCCCCUGCUGCCUCUCACAGCCUCAGCUCCCUCUCCUGCUCUGGUUCCUGAUGCCCUUGUCCAGCCCUGCCAGCUGUGCUCAGUGUGUGCAGGGCACGCUGCAGAUGUUGGUGUAUAACCUCUGCCAGACUACGCUGAAUAAAUUUUUACGAAAA